UACUGCCUCUCGCCAUUGUCCUUGUCCUUGACAAACACACAUUUUCCUCUCUCCUUGCGCAUUGUAACUCUUUCUUCUUCUCCCCAAAAAAUUAUUUUGGAAAUUAAUAUAAAAUAAUUUUAAUUAACGUUAAAUAAAUUAAAUUUUCUGUGUAAACGUAUUGUAGCUUAAAAGAAAAAAGAGAAAUUGACCCCUUUCUUGGGUUGGAAAGUAGGAAAGAAAGAAAAAGAAAAAAAGAGAAAGAGUUAGGGGAAUAUAUACAGAGGAGGAAGAACAUUGCCCUCGAUUAUUUCAGUUGCCUCCUCUCAGAUCUUACUGAUAUUUCUCCAAUCGGUAAACAGUGAAAACUUUGAUUUUGGGGGCUCUGAUUGGAUUGAUCAUCUAAGGAUCCAAUACUUUUCGAUAUAAUCUGAUAAUUAUAGUCCUUUGCUCUCGGAUAAUUCGAUAUUUUUAGUUCUUCAUACGCAAGAUUUUGGAAUUACUGCUUUUUCAGAAUUCUAAAAUGAUGCAGUCUGACCUUGGCAAGUUAUUUGUUGGUGGGAUUUCGUGGGACACAACUGAAGAACGACUCAAGGAAUACUUUGGUGCAUAUGGAGAUGUGCUAGAAGCUGUAAUUAUGAAGGAUCGUGCCACGGGACGUGCUCGUGGAUUCGGUUUUGUUGUUUUUGCUGAUCCUGCUGUUGCUGAGAGAGUCAUUAAGGAAAAGCACAGAAUUGAUGGCAGGAUGGUCGAGGCAAAGAAGGCUGUUCCUAGGGAUGACCAGAGCACAGGGAGUAGAAACAGUAGUCGCAUUCAGGAUUCUCCUGGCUCAGGUCAAACAAAAAAGAUUUUUGUCGGAGGUUUAGCAUCCACAGUUACAGAGGGUGACUUUAAGAAGUAUUUCGAGCAGUUUGGUACGAUCACGGAUGUCGUUGUGAUGUAUGAUCACAACACUCAAAGGCCUAGAGGGUUUGGAUUCAUCACUUAUGAUUCGGAGGAUGCUGUAGACAAAGUCUUGCUUAAGACAUUUCACGAGCUGAAUGGUAAGAUGGUUGAGGUCAAGCGUGCAGUCCCCAAAGAGUUAUCUCCAAGUCCUAGCCGAAGCCCUCUUGGUGGAUAUAACUAUGGAGUAGGUAGGAUCAAUAGCUUCCUUAAUGGCUAUCCUCAGGGAUACUCUCCAAGUACAAUGGGAGGAUAUGAAGUCAGGAUGGACAGUAGGCUCAGUCCAAUUGCUGGUGGGAGAAGCAAUUUCUCUCCAUUUACUUCUGACUAUGGUCUGGGCCUGAAUUAUGAACCUGGUUUAGGCCCAGCUUAUGGUGGGAGUGCGAAUUUUAAUAGUUCUCUUAACUAUGGACGGUCACUGAACCCUUAUUAUGUUAAUUCAAACUCAAAUAGAUUUGACAAUUCUGUUCGGUUUGAUGGUGGGAAUGGAGGAAAUUCCUCUUUUUUCAGUUCAGGUACUGGUAGCAGAAAUUUAUGGGGUAAUGGAGGGCUUAAUUAUGGAACAAACUCUGCUCAUUCUAGUAAUUAUUUGGAAUCUGGGAGUGGGAACAUCGCGGGAGGAAAUUAUGGCAACAGUGGAGUUUGGGGUAAUCAUCCAUUUUCACCACAAGGGGGACAGAAUGUUCCAAGCCAAACUGGAAAUUUUGGUUAUGGAGGUGGUGAUAAUACUUUUGGUUUGGCAGGGAGAGGCUAUGGAAGAAAUAUUUCAACAAGCAGGGCCCCAUCCUUAUCAUAUGCUGCAUCGAAUGACAAUUAUGAUGGGGCUCUUUCUGAUCUCUAUGAUAGUAGUUUUGGUUAUCUAGACCCUACAUGGAAUCCAGCAAAAUUUGAGCAAGAGGGAUCUGGUUCAUUUGGUUAUGGGCUUGGAAAUGGACCCUCUGAUGUCACAUCUAAAAUUUCUCCUGGUUAUGUUGGCAGUGAUGGUGGUACCUAGAGACAGAUUGAUAGAGAUAUUGCUGGCUAGGAAGGAUGUUACAGUAGAUCAAAGUUUGUGUAGCAGUUGAAGUGUGAAGUUCCCAUACUUGCCUUUUCAUUUAUCUUUGCUAGAGCUAACUGGAGUGACAAUACCUGUUUGAAGGAUGGAGUUUGAGAUGGAAGUCUCAAGGAUUUUGUUUUUCGAAAGUGUUUUGAGUUUUGAGUCUGUCAUCAUCUUCAGUGUUUCCUUUUUGUCUUUGAGUGAGAUGUACAAUUUAUAUCGCGGCAUAUAUUAAAAGAAGGGGAAAAAAAAACAAUGUAUCAUGCAUCUCUCUGGUGAGCAGCGGUACAGAAAGAAAAAAAAAAGAAAAAAAGAAAAAAAGACAGGUUAUUUAACAUUUGUUAGAGGUCUUAAAUCUUAUGUUAUGCUGUAGUGAAAUGAGACUACAGAGCUACAAGUUGCAUUAUUGGUCUGGUUCAUUUGAAUGAGGUUUUUGUUUCAGUGGUUACCUUCAAGAAUCUCCCUGAAUAAGUUGUCAAAAUUCUCAUCAUCAUAAUUUAUUUGGAUGUUUAAAUUUGAGGUUUUCA